GAGGACAGAGUUUGCAUUGAUGGAAACCCUCCCCAGCUCUCUGAUGCCUCUUUCCCGCUGCCAAGGUGCAGCAGCUCAGUCCUCUGCAUCCCGCCCGCUGUGCGCGCUCAUGGCCAGGAUGGCACCCUGUCUGGCCCUGCACACGGCCCUGCUGCUCAUCUCGGGGGUCCUGGCCCCUGCGGUGCUCACAGCUGAGGGCCCGCAGGAGCCCGUGCCCACCCUGUGGAACGAGCCAGCUGAGCUGCCGUCGGGAGAAGGCGCCAUGGAGAGCACCAGCCCCGGCCGGGAGCCCACGCCCAGCGGCCAGCCGGCCUCCACGUCAGCGCCAGGCCCCGAAGACAGCACCGCGCGGGAGCGGCUGGACCAGGGUGGAGGCUCGCUGGGGCCCGGCGCCAUCGCGGCCAUCGUGAUCGCCGCCCUGCUGGCCACCUGCGUGGUGCUGGCACUCGUGGUCGUCGCGCUGAGAAAGUUUUCCGCCUCGUGAAACAAAU